AUGUCAAAGCGUGCAGCAAAGGCGCAGGCGAGCAGUGCGCGGGCGGCCACGACAUCCUCCUUCGGCGCAUUCGGCGGCGCAUCAGCAGCCUUCAGCGCGAGCACAUCGCCCCUGUCCUACGUGUCCGAGCCCCCAGACCUCUCCGCCAUCUCCGACCCGAACGUCGUCGUCUACUUCCGCAACCUGUCCAAGAAAGACAGCACUACCAAGGCAAAGGCGCUGGAGGACAUACAAUCCUACAUAUCGUCACUGCAAGGGCCAGUCGAAGAGGGCCUGCUCGAGGCAUGGAUCAAGAUAUACCCGCGAACCUCCAUCGACAAUGCGAAAGCCGUUCGCCAGAAUGCCCACCUCGUCCACGGCCAAUUCGCCGUAUCCGCCGGCAAGCGCAUAGCACGACACAUGCCUAAGAGCGUGGCAGCAUGGUUAUGUGGUCUCUAUGACAGCGACCGAUCCGUAGUAGACGCGACGCAGACCUCGCUCCGACAAGUCUUCAACACGCCCGAAAAGUUACAGAGCAUUCGGAAGGUCUACCAGCAAUCCAUACUAGAAUACUGUCGCGAUGCAGUGGACAAGGAGAGCACGGCGACUCUGAGUGACGAGCGGAUAGUCAGCAAAGAUGACGCCGAAGCAAAGUACAGCCGUGUCAUUUCUGCAUGCAUAUCCUUACUGGGCAGCCUGUUGACCAACUUGCAGCCCGAGGAGAUCUCCAAGUACCACGCCGACUACGAGACUCUGAUUCACGACAAGAAGCUGUGGCAGUUUGCUUCAUACAAUGACGCUGGCAUACGGCGCGCAGUGCACCGUCUUCUCAGGACAUGCGUUGCGAAGGAGGAUGCUGCUAUCCAGGAGAAUCUCGAUACCCUGAGCAAAGCCUACCUAGCGGAGGGACUCAACUCCGAUCAGACCGGUUCUGUCGGCGAUUACGUCGAGUCUCUGACCCUUCUCACUUCCAAACAUCCCUCCGUGUGGACGACCGACUACAAGAGCAAGACCGGGGUGGACAGGCGUCUACGGCAAUUCCUGAAGAAGGGUUCUCAACUAGGACCUCGUGAUACUUGGGGCCGCAUACCUGAGCUGUUGAAGAUCAUACCAAAGGAAGUCCUGCCACAAUCCAGUACUGACUCCGCGGAGCUGCUGAACGCUCUACACGGUGGCAUUAUUCGCAAGGACGAGCCAAAGUACAACCAUGAAGCGGGAUUCCGGGCAUACCUGGAAGUAGCUGGAUAUCUGACCCAGCGAUUAAGUGAUGAGAAGACCAAGCUCCUCCAGGAGAUGGUGUUGCCGAUCAUAACGCAGUACCUCCGACCGUCGCUAGAGACCUCGCAUUGGGCUGUGCCGUCCAAUGCUUCAGGGCUGCUCUCUAAAGCAUUAGAGAUUGAAGGAAUGGCUGUUGUGCUGGAAGAGCAAUGGCCUACCUUCUCACAGCAAUUGAUCGACGCCAUCAAAACCCUGGCUCCCGAGCAAUCGAAAGAUUACGAAAAGUCUCAGACCAGCGUCAUUCAGCACGCCACGCACUUUGCUACUAUACAGGAUCAAGCGCUUACGAUUCAGAAUCUGGCGACGCUACGAUCGGUCUUUUCCCAAGCUUGCUCGUCGAUAGCCGCGGAAGCUCUAGAAGUACUGAAGAACCGAAAUGGAAAGCCAUAUGGUGCAGCGGGCACCAUUGCGGUUCUGUCGAAACGAAAUCCUAGCCUGAUCUCGUCCACCCAAUUCGAACAAGAUUUAGAGUCAUUCAUACAACAGGAUCUUCCGGGUCUGGUGCUGUCCCCUUCGUCUUCAUAUCUGAUUGACAUACUGUACACCAAGUCCGAUCGCGCGUAUUUCAAGGACGCAUGGAGCGCGUCGCUCAAGACUGUUCUCAAAGAGACAGAUUCUCCGGCGAAGACCAAAGCGCUUGAAGCAAUCCUUACCUCGUCAAGGAUUCCACCCUCCUUCGAUCUUGCAACCUCGGACCCUGAGUUGCAGAAGUACAUUACUGCAAACGUACGCGAGGCCGUAGAAGGCUCUAACGAAUGGGACUCCUUCAACCGCAUGCUUCAAUCGCCGGCGAAAAUACUAUCUACGGAAACAACAGACGAGAUCCUCGCUUACAUGACGGAAACCCUUUCACUAUCGCAUCAGGCUCCAUACUCAUUGCAGGGCCUACGCCAAAUAGUCAAAUCAAACCCGCCGAUGCUCCGUGAGUUUGUCGCUAGCUCACAUGGGUCCGGCCUUCUGCAAGGCUUGCUCCUUGCCUCAGAAUCCCCGGAUGACGAGGUGGCGCAGGGUGCUAAAGCUGUAAACGCUUCUAUCCAGACGAUACUCUCGUCUGGAUCUGAUUCCAAACAAUCUAUCUAUAAUCUCGUCCAACAAGGGCUGCGAGAUGCUACUCCCACAUCGGUAUCAGUCGAGACUCUGGUCGACUUGGCAAAACAGUCUGUCAAGGCGGGUGGUGAUUGGAAUGAGAUUGCUAAAGUGUUUCCAAGCAUCGAAGACUGGAAUUCAUCUCUUGAGCCAUUUCUCAAUGCUGCGCCAAAAUCAUCUUUGGCCAUUACAAACCCCCUUGGUGGCGCCGUAUAUCUGGUGAAAGAUGGACAGAUGCCUUCUACGAUCAGGACCAUGUCACGGGACGCCGAUGGCUACUCUCCUGCAUACAGAAUCACGCAAUAUGUGGCGAGGCUUUUCAAGAGCCCCGACUAUUUCUCCAUGGACAAGGUUCCUUCUGAACUCCGGGAUACUUAUCUUCGUAACAUCGCGGUUGCCGUACAACUUGCAGAUGACAACCUUGGUCUCGCUGGCGCAAACGGCUUCUGGACACACUACAACUCAGAUGUUGAAGCUGACGCUAUGACCUUCAUCUCAGAUGCCCAGUCUCUUGUGACACACGAACGAAAGAAGCUUGUCGCAAUGUGGUCAAAAGACGAUGCCGAUGCUUCGCUAUUGUCAUGGGCGGCCAAACUCUUGGCGAGCAUAGAGGCCAGCGCAACAUCUCCGGCGUACUAUUACGCACGAGCGUACGCUAUUGUGAUCGCUGACACCAUUGAGAUCGCUGGUUGGAAAAGUUCACAAACCGCUCAACUUCAGGAAACGCUCAAGACGACGCGAGGCACGAAAAACGUUCUCCAGCUUCUUGCAUUAUUGAACGCUUUCAAAGAGCCAUUGUCGUAUGCAAAGUCGUGUGAGCGCAUGUGCAAUGAAAUCAUCGCUGAUCUAACCGCUAUUGAUGCCUUACAAAGGUCGCAGGAGGCACUACAGCAGCUUGUUCUGUUGAACAGUGUUAUGGACCAAGAGGGCAUCUUGGAAAGCAUCGCUGGUCCUCGUCUUAUGCGGUUCGUGCAGCACGUCAUACCCUGGUUGCAAGAAGAAACACUUUCUCGUCCUGUGAGGGCCGAACUGUGUCGCGCGUUAACAGUUUUGCUUCCGUUGGUCGGCGACAUGUACGGCGAGCACUGGGCUGGCAUUUUAAGUGCACUUGCCGGAAUCUGGGAGACCACAAAGGAGCUAGAGUCCAACGAGUCCGGCAUGGAUAGCCCGAUUCCUCUCGUGCACGCAUCCCUAAAGCUAUACGCACAGCUCCGAACUUUGACGCAAGCUGAAGAGCCCAACGACGAUCUCCUCGACGCUUGGAAAGAGAACGAGCAACCAGUUGCUGAUGGGCUUAUCAACAUCCUGAAGCAUUCGCAGCACUUUCCGGAUGAGUUCCAUCAGCCGCUCAAGAUGGUUAAUGAUGUGUUAGCGCGCCAGAUAUCCAAGGUAUCGCUCAAGCAUCUUGAGUCCACGGAAGAGCUUUUCCCUCUUCUCUACGUGGAAUCGCAACCUGUUCAGCAGACUGCCUUCGACAUCCUGCACAAGCAGAUUCCCGCAGCUCAGGAGCAGAUAUCCAUCGAUGCAGCAUUGGAGAAGACUACCGCGCGUUUACCCGAGGAGUUGCUAUCUCUGAUCAUCGAUGCGCCUAGGGUUGCGGCGAUUGCCGAUGCCAACUUUGAACGCAGUGUGCCGUUGCCGUUGCGCGGUUAUCUGUUAAGCUGGUUGCUGGUGUUCGAUCACCUGGAACAUGCAUCCUUCAAGGUUAAGAAUGAUUACGUUGAGCACAUUCGCGAAGGUGAAUACCUUCCCGGUCUGCUUGAUUUCAUGUUCGACUUCCUUGGCCACGCGCACAACAAGCCGGUCGACGUCUCCAAACUUGACAUCACGACAUACGAAGCAGAUAUUGAGCCUCCGAAGCGCGAUCUGCAGUGGUUACUUACGCACUUGUAUUUCCUGUGUCUGCGCGACGUUCCAUCUCUGACAAAGACCUGGUUUAAGAGCUGCAAGUCGCGCGCCAUAGUCGUUACGCUCGAGCCUUGGACGGAGAAGUACGUGUCGCCACCUGUCAUUGUGGCCGCCCUCAACGCAGUCAACACAUGGUCGGAGGAACAAGCUGCAUCCGAGCCUGAUUCAGCGUUCGCGGUUAAGGUUGUCAAUCGCGCGCGCGAGAUCACUGCGUCCUAUGUUGUUGACGAACAGACUAUGGCGAUGCGGAUCUCUCUGCCUGCUGCGUUCCCUCUCGCAAACGCGCACAUUGAAGGCCUGAAUCGCGUCGCUGUCAAUGAACAGAAGUGGCAAUCAUGGCUGAGGACUUCGUUGGGAGCUAUCACGAUCUUCAACGGCAGCCUGAUUGAUGCGCUGACAACAUUCAAGAGGAACGUCGAUGGAGCGCUCAAGGGCCAGAGCGAAUGCGCGAUUUGCUAUAGUAUUGUCGGAUCGGAUCGCAAACUGCCCGACAAGAAGUGUCACACAUGCAAGAACUUGUUCCAUGGUGUUUGUCUGUUCAAGUGGUUCAAGAGCAGUGAUAGCUCGAGCUGUCCUCUCUGCAGAACUAGCUUCAACUAUGCAUAG